AUGUAGUUUAGUGUUUAUAUGCCGGGCCCGUCUAGCCGUGACCCCCUCUUACUUCACUAUUCUACUUAGUCCAACUGUGUCCAUUAGGGCGUGGAUUUGUUCGAAGAUUUGCAGUUUCAAACCGGUGCAGUUUGUUUCAAUGAUAAAUAUGUCAGACGGAAUCAUAUAGGCCGUGGUGUGAAAUUUCUAGCUAGCUUGCUUCUGUUUCUCCGUCCCGACCACUUUCGGGUGAAAAAAAAAAACUACAUCAUCUAAUUCUUCUAGUAUUACUUUGUAUUGUUACACAACUUUUCUUUUAUCAAUUCUUUGACGUUUGAUAGAAAACGUAAAUUAAAUAUGGGCUUACUUGUCAAUGUGCAAUGGUAUUUGAAUUUCGCGGUGACUCGGUUUAAACAGAUCACGUGACAUAAUUGGCCAAUCAAACAUACACGACGAAAAGUUCAACAGGUCAUGUGGUGAAAGGUCACCUGCGAUUUGUUUACGUUUUGUUAUAACGGUACAUGGCGGAAGGAUAGCUAAAGUAAAACUGCAUACUUCGUGUACAUUUUGUUAAAACACUGAGCUAAAACCGUUCACUGCGACAAGCUGGGAAAAAUUUAAGGUAUGUGCUAUCCAGUGGAUCAGAUUAGAUGGAAAUGUGCUGGAGACAAAUGCCGAUUUGCUGGACAAAGCUGAAUCAGAACUCCAGGCAGGAAUGUGAAGACAAAACUCUCACUGGGGUAUGGUAGAGGCUACUUACUACUUCUCACAUUCCACGUUACCAACGUUAACAAAACUGUGUAUGAAACAUUAUCACGAUUCCUAAAUUGUUGAAGAAAGUGAUGUUUAGAAACAAGCAGCAAAAAAAAAAGAGAAAGAUAAUAAAAUAAUAGGUCUGGUUAAUUUGUUUAAGGGGAUCGGAUCAUAUCUUGACAUUUUCCCCAUUUUCUUGCAAAUGCAAGCUGAUGAAGAUAUUCUCCUAAAUGCACGACAACCCAGACCAAGGACUACUCCGCCCAAGACCACUUAGACCAAAGACAGAAAGACACUAUGGUUAAGACUGUGUCACCAUUAUUGAGGUGAAAUACAAUGUGCAGUACUCAUAGUCAUACCCAAGUUGUUAUGGAGAGAGAAAAAUGGGGUUUAACGUCCACUCGACACAAACUAGGUCAUUUUGGGACUAACAUAUGGUUUAUUUCUUUUUAUUUCAAUAAUUCGCUUGCGCGAAGGGGUCUUUAACAGUGGGAGAAAACGGGAGGACCCAGAGAAAACCCACGAGGUUGGACAGACGACCCUACUCCUUGUCACGUACAACAGGAGAUUCGAAACCACGCCUGUUGACUCAAUGACAGGCUUUAUGAUACAGUGCGCACGUGCUAACAAUUCGGCCAUCCAACCCCCAUGUUAUGGAGAAAAUUAGAACCGAAAUAGAUGAGUUGGUACAAGUGCACUUACUUUUUUUGAAAAAAAUAUGUAUGAAGAAUUAUUUCUGCCCUUGCAUCACCAGUUAAAAAGGGGGCAUAUUCUGGCGCAUUCCUCCCUGGUUGCCUGAUUGUAGCUGUGGAAAUUUAAACCCCUCUUGUUAAACUCCAUUGAACAAAUGACAGGGUUAGGGUGACUAGAGAUCAAGCACCAAACUAAAUUUUCAAUGUGAAUGUAAAUCAAGCUGCAUUACACUUUUACAGAUAGAUCAGUAAUAGAUGUACUUCUUACAAGUGAAAACUUUCUUGUAUGGUUUUGUGUAUAUUGUUCGAAUAUAAAAGAGACAGCCAAACAUAUGCUGACAGUGACAUUGAUUUUAAUAGUGAUGAUGAUAUUGAUGAAAUUAUUUAUUAAACCAAGAAGAAUAAUGUUUGGGUUGAUUGUGCUGAGCAUUGUUAGUCUUUAUUUUAUCACAUAUCAAUCGUGGAAUCUAACGAAUGGUAAACUGUACCCUAUUCCACACAGUAACAGGAAAUGGGUGAUAAGUACAAAAAUAGUGGAAGGAUUUCCUGAUGAUUGGAGUAGUAGGACAUUCUCUAGUAGUGUAAACGAAAAUGGAAUUUUGACCGAAACAGAAGCUUGUCUCUUGGCAAUAAGAUAUGGUGCAAAAUUCAUUCUACAUCUCAAUGAUGAGAUGUUCAAUAUAGAAAACCUUCAAGACUUUACAUAUUCUGAUUGGUCAACAGGAUUACAAUAUGCACCAAGUCACCAUGGAAACACUUCCAAUGGCUACUUCUUUUGUAUUGGUAAAAAACAUAAAGUAGUAAUACAGAAGUGUAUAAGGACAUCGGCCGAAUUUAACCGAUUACCUAACUUCUUUCUUUCCAAUGGCAGUCUUUUCAUGGAUGAUUACCAGAAUGCUCUGUUUUCAUACGAUGUCUUUUGGCUUUUAGGAGUUUUCUCCAUUUGCGGUGUUACAGACGACACAUCACCCAUGAUAAGAAAUCUCAUAAUUCAAAGAAUUGUUUCAGAAAUUAACGGCGAUUUACUUAUUAUACCUGGAUGUGAACUAAACAGUUAUACCAGUGAAGGUUUACUCAAAGCCGUACCAAACGAAAUGUAUAACGCAUUUAAAGAUUGGAAGUGCCAGGAGACUUUUAAUAUUCAAACUUGUUUUAUCGACCUUGUGAAACAUUUACAAACUUUAGAAUUACUAGAAAAAGAUUCUCUGUCUAAGGUUAAUUAUUGGCUGACUCAAUUAUCUUUUGUUAAUUACGUCAUGCCCAGACGACAGGAGGGCGUGACUUCGUGUUCAAGUCAGUUUCCAGUGCUUUACAACUUCCGGGCUUCGCCUGAUAUCAAACCGGAAACAAUAAAGUCGAGUCAUUAUCAUAAUGUGUGUCCACACAUACAUUCACCAUGGAAACAGCCUAUAAUAGAUGACAUUGCGUUAAUUGUUACGUACAAUGAACCGAAAUUUUAUCACAAUAUAAAUUUUACACAACUUAUUCAUCGGCCAUAUUUUAAACAUCUAAUAAUUUGUGGUCCUAAUAUAACAACAUUCUACCGUACUAUAAAUUUUAUGGAUAUUCCAAGUGUGACUUUCCUAAAAGGAUACAAAGAUGUUGCUAAUUCAUGGACACUAAUGUAUAAAUGCACCAUGUUAGCCAUUGAGAUUCAUCUUGGAGUCAAAGGUUACUUACAAAUAGGAGACGACGUUUUAUUAAAUUCCUGGAAUGUAUUAAAUUUACCACGAGACAGGUUUUGGAUAAUUAACAAUUACGAAACAGUAAACCGCUUGUCUAAUAAAGCUAAAUGGGCUUGGUGGAAAUCAUAUCGUUACAGAACUAACACCCUUUUAAACAAGAUAAAAACAUCAGCUGGAAAUGAAAAUCUUCACAAUGAAAAGACCUUUUGGAAAAACUUUAUCGACGCAACAGGUAGUGAAGACAAGGCAUUGGUAAAAUCAACAGAUUUUUAUUAUAUUCCCAGUAAAUAUAGCUCACAAUUUCUCUACUACGCGGACCUCUUUUAUGAAGCCAAUAUAAUGAAUGAACUAGCAGUAGGCACAAUUAUUCUCGGACUCGUUUCCAAAUCGGAUGUAAAAUGGAUAAAUGGAAGUACUCUGUGGGGUGGGAACAGAAACCAUUCCUACAAGUUUUUCAAUCCACAACAUACCUUUAUUCACCCAGUGAAGCACUCAAAACUACUCUAUUAUAAGGAAUACACGUCAUUUUUGUGUGACAUUUACUUACAGUAUAUGACAAAUGUAACAUCAAUGUAAAUUAGCACCCAUAUAUUGGCUACUCGUACGCUUAUAAUAGUCUUGAUUUUGUUAUUGUUUUGUUGAAGAAGAAAUUCCGGGUUACCAGUUGAUACACGUGGGUUUUGUACACAAAUUAAACAACAUCAUGUAAAGAAACAACAUGAAAAAAACUUGUCAGAAAUUCUUAGUUCAAAUUAUUGAGCCGUUCGGAAAUGAUCACUCGGUUAACUGACUCUUGUACGAAAUUCGAUUGUUCUAUUGUGUGACUGGCUUGAUAAUUGUAGCAAUAACUUUCUUAUCACUCUAAUUUAGUAAAAGAUGUAGACAUAUACAUUUAGACACCUGGGGACAAUUGUAGGAAGCCCAAUUCAGCUAAACAUUGGCUCUAUAAAUGUUAAACUUAUUUCUGUGAAUCUAAUGUUAACGAUUCUGGAUUAAAGUAUAUAGUUUUUA